UUUUGGUUGUUCGCUCACGCCGUUAAUAGUUCUGCCACCCUCGCUAAUCAAACCAUUGGUGCAGUGUUCUUAUAAGGGUGUGCACAGCUGAAAUAUUUAUGAGUAUGAUAGGCCCGGCUUUGUGGGUUUAUAAGCAGCUGUAGGUCACUGGACUAUUAAACACGUGCUAUGCGCGUGUUGGUUGACUUACGCAAUAUUCUUUGGCGCCAAACUUAUUCAAAUUUAAUUGGUUUUCCUUACGGCUAUUGACAUUUCAGCCAAUCAUGAUCACUGUUUUGUUAUUAGAAAUCGCAAAACGCGGGCUUUUAUGUUCAUUCAAUGUUUUGAACAUUUUGAAUUAGCAAAGAAGUGCUGCGAAGUAGGGAAGUUGUUUUGUUUCUGUUCGUAUUUUCUGAACGCCAUGCCUCCUGUUCCAGUUGUAAAUUCCGAUGUUGGCGAGAAGCUUGCAAAUGAAUCGACGUCAAGCGAAAGCCUGGAUCGGUCAAACUCCCUCGACAAGACGAACGAGCCGUUCUUGGAUGAAGAGAAGGGCGAGCAGAAGAUAGCCUUGAAAAAGAACGUUUCUAUUGUCAAUGGAGUCGGUCUUAUCGUAGGAACAGUCAUUGGUUCUGGUAUUUUCCUCUCACCGACUAGCAUCCUCGUAGAAACGAAUUCGAUCGGUGCUUCCCUUCUCGUGUGGCUCGGCUGUGGAUUGUUGGCACUCUUUGGCAGUCUCUGUUAUGCGGAAUUGGGGACGAUGAUCACCAAAUCUGGCGGUGAAUACUCGUACCUUAUGGUAGCAUUUGGUCGUAUCCCUGCCUAUCUGUUCGCCUGGACCUCUGUGUUAAUCAUACGGCCGGCUUCGGGAGCCAUAAUCGCCCUGACCUUCGCCGAGUACGUCGCGAAGCCAUUUUAUCCCGACUCCCAACCACCAACAUAUCUCUUGAAGCUCCUCGCCUGUUCCUGUCUCGUUAUCCUCCUGGUUAUAAACUGCUGGAGUGUCAAAUGGGCCACUCGAGUACAGGACAUUUUCACAUAUGCAAAGCUCUUGUGUAUUGUGAUGAUAACAAUCAUUGGUUUCGUGGAACUUGGUAAAGGAAAGACUGAAAGCUUUAAGGGUAGCUUUGAGGGAUCUACCACAAAUAUUGGCAAGAUUGGCAUGGCUUUUUACAUGGGUCUCUGGGCGUAUGAUGGAUGGAACAAUCUCAACUACUGUACAGAGGAGAUGAAACACCCUGAAAAAGAUAUGCCAAAGGCUAUAACUAUUGGUAUCUCCCUUACAACUGUGUGUUACCUGAUGGUGAAUGUGGCAUACAUAACGGUGUUGGGAAAAGCUGGUAUUUUGGAAUCUGAAGCUGUGGCUGUGAGUGUUGGAAACCAAUACUUGGGUCCAGUCAGUUGGAUUGUUCCUGUUUUUGUUGCUUGCUCAACCUUUGGAGCAGUAAAUGGCCUUCUUUUUACAAGUGGCAGGUUGGUGUAUGUUGCUGCACGAGAUGGACUGAUGCCUUCUCUGUUAGCCAUGAUUCACGUCAAGAGGUUCACUCCUCUCCCAUCCCUGUUUUUCACAACACUUAUUUCCGUGAUCAUGUUGAUUCCAGACGCUAGUAGCUUCUCGAGUUUGGUGGACUUUUUCAGCUUUGCGGCCUGGUUGUUUUAUGGUGGAACAUUCGCCUCUCUUCUGUGGCUGCGCUACAAGAAACCAAACUUGAACAGGCCUUAUAAGAUAUUUAUACUCGUACCCAUUGGCAUGUUGCUGGCCUCAAUUUACCUGGUUGUUGCUCCAAUCACCACAGAUCCAAAAGGCUCACUCAUUGCCUUAGGAGUUGUCUUGGCAGGCCUUCCAUUUUACUGGCUGUUUAUUGGCAGUGAUCAUAAAAAUUCACAGCUUGGUGUCAACGAGUUGGAAACAUGGCACUGGAGGAUCCAGAUACUCUCCCAGUUGAGGUGUAAAGCUUGA